ACCACCGCCGUGUCGCAUUCGUGAACACAAAAAAAUCAUGACAGUGUGAGACAAUUCAUAACGUCGUAAUUUUCGUUGUUUUUGUACCAAAAUAACAGUUUUCCGGAUUAUUUGAAACAAUAGUUAUUUGAAAUCAUGGAAGUUAAAGAAUGCAGUGAUUUAACUGAAGAAAAUCAAUUCAUCGUAGACGAUGUGAGCAAAAUCAUCAAAGAAGCAAUCGAGAGCUCUAUUGGAGGGACUGCCUAUCAGCACAACAAAGUCAAUCAAUGGACGUCGGCGGUAGUUGAAUCAUGUUUGGGUCAACUGACGAAGCUACAAAAGCCUUAUAAAUAUAUAGUGACUUGCACAAUAAUGCAGAAGAACGGUGCAGGUUUGCACACAGCUUCGUCAUGCUUCUGGGACAACAACACGGAUGGAUCCUGCACUGUGCGCUGGGAGAAUAAGACAAUGUAUUGCAUUGUCUCUGUCUUUGGACUCGGCAUCUAAUUCUUUCCAUUUUCAAAAAGAGUCACACAAACCAAGCGGCUAUACAAUAAAAAUAACACUCAUUUGAGAACAACAUUCGGAAAUAACAUGAAAUUUGACAUGAACAUACAAGUUACAUAUAUCUAUGCCUGGUACUAGUUAUCGUUGCUAGAAAUUCUAAUAUAAAGAAAUUAGAGUGAAUAGAAAUUUUACAUAUAAAACUUCUCGCUUUUAUUUCUUUGUAUAAUAAUGUACUCCACACACACACUCCACAUAAACUGCUAGACAUAGGUAUAUGUUAUGUAAGUGGCCAUGCUAAGUUUCAUGUAAUUUAAGCAUGUUGUUUUAAAAUGAGAGUGUAACUUCAAUAGUUUGGGAGCAGAGUUUUGGCAAUCAGUUUGUGUGAUUCUUAAUAAUGUAGACCUAGCAAGCUUAUACUUACAAUUAUGAUGAAUUAUGCUUUGAAAAAUCUCUACUAAUGUCUAGCUCUGUAGAUUAUAACUUGCUUAGGUAUGGAAGAUGUUUAAAAUUAAUUUAAGUUGUGGUAAAAAGAACUGAAGUAAAGCUUUUUGUUUUGAUCAUACUUUGCAACAAAGUAUUUAUUGUAAAAUUAUAAACAGCACUGUAGCAUCUGUAUAAGUGUUGCUAUUCAAAUAAAUAACUGCACUAUAAACAUUUAUUGUGAAUCAUUAUAGAAUUGUUUUCUUUAGUUAUAUUAAAACAUACUUUCUGGGUAACUAGGACAUAUUUUCGUACACAAUAAAAACAUUAAAAUC